UUCAGAUCGUGUGACGCCGUCCAGGGCCCAAAGAACGCCUUUGCUACGCGCUUAUGACGCAAGAGGACGCGAAGACGCGACGAUUUCUGUGAUCGAAGGAAGUUGAAAGGCACGCUCGCGAGCCACACCCGCGCGCACCUCGCCAGGCACAUAGCGCAUGCUAUAGCCUGCUAAGAUCACUGCAUUCGUAUUGCGGACGUGCUCACCCUCGAAAUAAGGCAACUCGACAGCUUGCACGGCACACUCGCGGGCCCCUUUGCGAUCUUGAGAACGCUCCGACACUGACUAUCUGCUUUGACGGCACGGGCAAUGAUGGCAGCACAACAGGCAUCGUCUUCAAGACCACCACUACGACUUCACAAAGGCUCGAGCUACAGCUAUUCGUCUCAGGGCAGCUCAUCCAGCACAAGUAGUGCUCCGAGCGGCUCUAGCUGCGCGACAGCCAGCGCGUCGAGCUCACGCUCGAGGCAUGGUCUAUUCGACAAGCUCAAGAAGAAGCUGUCCAGCGCGAACGACGAGGAAGACAGCGACGAGGAGGAAUUCGGCUGCCGCGGUCUGGCCGUGUUUGACGACGACGAGCCGGUAGAAUGUCUAGCAGCACUGGAAUCUACCAGUAUGAAGCGCAACGUCUCUGAGCCCAUGACGGCGGCUCUGCCGGUGCGCAGCCUGUCGCGCGCUCAAGCCACGCGUCAACGACCAUCCUUGCGAUCCCACGCAAGUGCGUCAGCACUGGCCCAGACGGCACUCGCAGCUUCGCCGGAAAUCGGGACGAAGACGACCAUCGCGUCACGGCAGUCUCCAUCGAGCAGAUCGCGACGACCGCCUCAAAUUCACCAACGCAAAGAAUCGCUCACUUCUGCCGAUCGAGCACUCGCGCUGGCACGCGAAGAGACUGAUGCAAUCGAUGCCCUGGCUCAGUAUAUGGCCACUCAGGCGAGCAUUACGCAAGAAAGGCGCUCGCACGGCUCCCGGCCUGCUGUGGCCGCCCGGGCCGAGCUUGCCAUCAGGACCGAUCUGCCUGCGCCCCAAGCUUACCCUUCACGAUACAGCGACAUCUUGCCACCCGAACGAACGAGCUCUGUCGUGUCUCUCUCGAUGAGCAGGACACGCUCGAGCAAUUCGAGCAUCAUCUCUACACCUGCACUGUCGAGCUGCUCGACCGCAAGCAUCAGCUCACCCUCGUCAGAGGUCGAGCCAGACUGGGCUGGACCCUAUUCGCAUCUUACACGCACAAGCUACAGCAGCACGAGCCCAACACGAACGAAGAAAGUCACGUAUGAAAUCGCUCAGCAGCAUCGCCGAACAACAUCACGCACCAUCGCAAAUCACGACAGCACGACGAGCACUGCAGGUACAGGCUCAUACGAGUACAUCUGAGCAUAACAUUCUGUACACAUGAGCAUUGAAGCACCAGUGUCUCAUCGUGAGUGACCUAGUCGCGUGGUCG